AUGGAAGAGGAUGAGGAUGAGGAUGAAGAGGAUGAAGAAGAGCAAAAUCUUAUGCUGGAUAUGGUGGAUGUGCACUUUGGCGACUGUCUACCCUUAGAUGAAGAAAAUGGGGUACUGAAGGCACCAUCAAAAAAGUUUUUCAUGCUGAAUGAAGACAAACGCCCUGAGGGAGAAGUAUCAAUUUUACGUUUACUAUCAGAAAACAAAAUCUUUGUUCAUCCUCCAGUGGAGUCUAUGACAUUUUCAAUGCCAUAUACUCGAUUCAAGUUUGUAUGGUUGAAGGCUGCGAAAACUGCUAGAACCGAACAUCGUGAUUAUGGAUCCACAUUUUCCGCUGAUGGCCAAGCAGUCAACGUUCCAGAUUCCACCAGUACCUUCCAUGUGGUCAAAUUUAAUCAGCUUGGCUCUAUUGCUAGAGACGUCAUCAAUAAUUUUACCACCACUAUUCAAAGUGUGCUUCCUAGCCAUUGCGGAACACUUUAUGAAGAGUUCUCUACGCUGGAGAUUACAGACGAUCUGGGUUGCCGACAGUCUAUUUUUCAGCAACAGAAAAAUCAGCCCCUACUCCAGCCCCUGGUUCAGACACUUUAUGAUCAGCUAGUCGCUGCCAACAAGGGCAGAGCAGGAUUGGGAGUUAUACGCAGAAAUGGAACAGUAGAUGAAAAAGCGAUCAAAAAACUUUUAGAUAGGGAACAGAACAUUCUAUCCCUUUUUAAUAUGGCCUUCCAUCUUUCCUGUGGUGUUCCUCCUCGGCCCUUCCAACUCAAAUCCUUCCAAUAUGAUUUGGAUGCAGACACUGGCAGAGAGCGGAACCUAUUCAUUGUUUGGGGCGUACUUGCUUUGGCAAAUCCUGCCGCUAAACAAUUGGGCAUAGGCGUCCAGGAAUGCCUGUGGGCAUUCCCGAGUUCUCUGAUGACUCCAGUUCUCUUUUAUUUUGGUGUCCUCAGACCAGUUUUCUCCAAGCUUCUUGGGCUUCUUCGCAGUAACGCCAAGGAACACAGCAUCUACAUUUUUGUACAUACAAUCCCCAAACGUAAAAAGGCAGGGAAUCUGUGGAACGGGACUGAUGUCAAUGCCUCUCUGCAAAAGUAUAUGCACUCCCUUCCCAUUACAUUAACUGGCACCUUACUUCACAAUCUUACAACCGGCAUGCUUCGCAAAUUCUUACCAUCCUUGACCGAGUUGGAUAAUCUUCCAAACUGUCUUCUCGACCAGCAAGCACAACAUUCUCGACAGACAGGCAACACACAUUAUGGACAGGACUUCGACCUUCCAUGA